UUUCCAUCUCAGAUACAGAAACCGGAAGCCAUUUGUACGUCCUCACGUACAGACAAAAUUAGCUCUUGGGCAAAGGGGGCUGAAUGGCCUGCUGGGGUCAUUCCUGCGGCUACAGGAAGGUCCUAUGAACGAAAAGGCCUUUGGAGACCCACAAGAUUCCUCGGACCGAUUCGGAGUUGUGUUACAGGGCAGAGAAAGAAUGGAGGGACGACCUUUAGCAGGUGAGGGAACUGGAAAAGGCCCUUCUGCUGCUCAGCCUGGGAGCUGUGGGGAGAUCCAGACAAGAACUGGGCAGAAGACCCUGGAGGAGGAAACCAUCCGUUCAGAAGCUCAGCCCUGGAACUGCAGGAGGGUGCAAUACCAGGAGGCCGAGGGUCCCCGCGGUCUUUGCAGCCGGCUCCACUCCUUGUGUAGUCGAUGGUUGAGAGCAGAAAAGCACACCAAAGCGCAGAUGCUGGACCUGGUUGUUCUGGAGCAGUUCCUGGCCCUGCUGCCCCUGCAGGUGGAGCGCUGGGUGCGGGAGUGCGGAGCAGAGACCAGCUGCCAGGCGGUGGCCCUGGCCGAGGGCUUCCUCCUGAGCCAGGCAGAGGAGCAGAAGGAGCAGGUCGGGUUGCAGCCCUUUGCUGUGGAGAUCAGAGAUCCUGCGGGAAGGAGGAAUCCAUCCAAUCCCCCUCUGGAGCAGUUUUUCAGGAGGGUCUCUUGGGAAGAUCCAAGUCAGGACACCUCAGGAGGGAAGAGUAGCACGAAGUUGUCUCCUUCUUAUGGUGGAGCUGAAGCAGUGGUUGAACCUGCAACUCAAGAGGGUCCUGUGUCCUUCGAGGAGGUGGCUGUGUGUUUCUCCGAGGAGGAGUGGUCUCAGCUGGAGCCACACCAAAAAGCCCUGCAUCGGGAAGUCAUGCUGGAAAAUUAUAGGAACGUGGCCUCUCCCGAUGUCAUCUCCUGUGAGGGAGAAGGAAAAGGUCCAGCCUUCUCCUGCUCCGAGGAAGGAAAGAGCAAAUGUGCAAUAUAUUGGACUUUGGCAAAAUUUCAGAAGGAAAUUCAUAUGACUUCUUACAGUUUGCUCUUUUCCCUAACCUUGCUAUCGUUUUUAUUUCUCUUUUCCUUUCAAGGAAAUCAUUGGUGGGAGGAGAAAGAUUCCGGGGAACCACUCCAAAUGAUUAGGCCUGGAAACAGAAUGGAGAAACCUGCAAUUCAAAUGGGACUAGAAAAGCAUGAGAGAAACCAGUCAAAGAAUUGGGAUCAGGAAAGCUCCUCUUCCCUUGAUGCUCAGAUGCAAGACUUUCUUGCCCAACAAGGAAAAAUUAAGAAAAAAUAUAUUGGGAAAAGUGUAAAAAUUUUCAAGGACAAAUUAGAUGUAAAUGGGCACUAUCCAACCCACACCAAAAGAGAAGAUGAUAUAUGCAGGGAGAAUGGAAAACCCUAUAAUUGCAGUUUCAUUCUUCCCCAUGAAAAUGGGUCCCUUACAUUCCAUAAAAGGUUCCACGCAGAAGAAAACCCAUAUAAAUGCAUGGAGUGUGGAAAGAGCUUCAGAAGAAGCAGCCAACUUACUUCCCAUAAAAAGGUCCACACAGGAGAGAAGCCACAUAAAUGUGUGGAAUGUGGAAAGAGCUUUAGAAUGAGUAGCUCUCUUACUUCCCAUAAAAGGAUCCACACAGGGGAGAAGCCAUAUAAAUGCUUGGACUGUGGAAAGAUCUUCUGUGAAAAUGGGUCUCUUACUGUCCAUAAAAGGAUCCACACAGGAGAGAAGCCAUAUAAAUGCAUGGAGUGUGGAAAGAGCUUUAUUCAGAGCAUUCAACUUACUUCCCAUAACUGGAUACACACAGGAGAGAAGCCAUAUAAAUGCCUGGAGUGUGGGAAGAGCUUCUGCGAAAAUGGAUCUCUUACUGUCCAUAAAAGGAUUCACACAGGAGAGAAGCCAUAUAAAUGCACCGAGUGUGGAAAAGGCUUCAGCCAACACAGUAAUCUUAGCUUUCAUAAAAGAAUCCACACAGGGGAGAAGCCAUAUAAAUGCAUGGACUGUGGAAAGGGCUUCAGCCAACACAGUAAUCUUACUUUUCAUAAAAGAAUCCACACAGGGGAGAAGCCAUAUAAAUGCAUGGACUGUGGAAAGACCUUUAUUCGGAGCAGCCAACUUACUUCCCAUAAAAGGAUCCACACAGGGGAGAAGCCAUAUCAAUGUGUGGUGUGUGGAAAGAGCUUCAGUCAUAGUGGUUCCCUUACUUUCCAUAAAAGAAUCCACACAGGGGAGAAACCAUAUAAAUGCAUGGAGUGUGGAAAGAGCUUCAGAACAAGCAGUUCCCUUACUCCCCAUAAAAGGAUCCACACAGGGGAGAAGCCAUAUGAAUGUGUGGAGUGUGGAAAGAGCUUUUCUAAUAACAGCGACCUUAUUUCCCAUAAACGGACCCACACAGGGGAGAAGCCGUAUAAAUGUGUAAACUGUGAAAAGACUUUUAUUCAGAUCAGUUAUCUUACUUCCCAUAAAAGGAUCUGUUACCUGGAGUUUUAGCC